AUUUGAUAACGACCAUACCUGUCCCAUUGAUAUUAGACAAGCUAAUAGUCGCCAGGCUUCUUCUUCUCUUAUUGCUGAACUGAUCAAGCAUGAAUUUGAUGACUUGUCCAAAAGAGCUUACACACCUCAUUCAAUCAUGAGAGAUAUGAAAAGAUUGCAUGGAAUUGUCAUGUCAUAUAAAAAGGCUUGGGUUGCAAGGGAAAUUGCAUUGAAAUUGGCUCGGGGAUCUGAGAAGGAGUCGUACAGUAGACUUCCUUCUUUGUGCUACAUGCUUGAUAAAGUAAAUCCAGAUUCGGUUGUUAGAUAUUCUUGUAAUGAAACUGGAGAAUUUCAGAACUUUUUUAUGUCUCUUGGUCCAUGGAGACGUGGAUGGGAGAAGUGCAUUCCAGUUAUUGUUGUUGAUGGAUCAUUUUUGAAAUCGUAUUACAAGGGAACACUGCUCACGGCCUGCACACAAGAUGCUAACAAGCAGAUUUUUCCACUUGCAUUUGCUAUUUGCAGUGUUGAAAAUACCGUUAACUGGACUUGGUUUUUCAACAUGUUGAAGAAUUGUCUCAACCAUAGAAAUGGUUUGUAUAUUGUGUCUGAUCGGCAUGAAGGAAUUAUAAAUGCCGUUCAUUCCGUCUUUCCAUAUGCGGAACAUGGAUAUUGUGUUUAUCACAUAUUAGGCAAUAUAAAAUCCAAGUUUAAAGGUACUGCAAAGGUGUUGUCUUGGAAAUUCUUACAAGCAGCGAGAGCGGGUUCUGUUUAUGAAUGUGAAGAGUAUCUUUCCAGGCUUGAUUAUGAUGACCCGCGUAUACGUACGUACUUGCAAAAGAUUGGUAAUGAGAAGUGGUCUCGUGCAUAUGCUAGCCGCAACCGUUAUUCUGUGAUGAUGUCUAACAAUGCGGAGUCUUUGAAUGCUGUUUUUGUCACGGCUCGUGAGUAUCCCAUCUGCAAGUUGAUUGAGUUUAUAGUACGCACAAUGCAAACAUGGUUCUGUGAACGCAGAGAAGAAGCUGCAUCAAACAGAUCUCUACUCUCUGCUUACUUUGAAGCGCAAUUACGUCUAUCGCAAUCAAAUGCUGCAUUAAUGCAGGUCAAGCCAUCAUGUAUCUUUGAAUUUGAGGUCUUUGAUGCGAAAGGAAGAUCAUUUGUUGUCAAUUUAAGAGAAGGGACUUGUACAUGCCGUGAAUUUGAACUUGAUGGCUUCAUAUGUGUUCAUGCCGUUGCUGCAAUCCGUUCUCGUCCGGGACUUUCUGCUUAUGACUACAUUCCUGAAUAUUAUACUACACAGAAAUGGUGUUCAGCUUAUGAGGGCAUCAUUCAUCCCAUCGGUAGUUACGAUUGUUGGGUUGUUCCCCAUGACGUAUCUCAAAUCAUUUGCAGCCCUCCAUCUUGUUCUAAGAGACCUCCUGGAAGACCCAAGAAGCGACGUAUUCCAUCUACCGGUGAACAUGUGCGUCAACAAAAGUGUACACGUUGCUCAAUGGUUGGUCACAAUAGGAAGACAUGCCGAAACCCCAUUUCUCGCACUCGCUCCUAAUGUUGAAUCUGUUUUACUUGUUUAGUUUUACUCCUAAUGUUGAAUAUGUUUUACUUGUUUAGUUUUACUCUUGAGUUACGCUUUACACUUUUCCCACUUCUUCACAAUUGUAUUCAGGUGAGAAGUGAUACAGAUGUUCUGCUACUAAUUUCUAUCUUUGAAUAAAG